CCGGGCUGCGGCGGCCGCUGCCCGGCGCCAGCGGGGAAGAGCGCGGCGCGGCACGGCGGGGCAGUGCCGGUGGGCUGCGGCGCUGCCAGCCGUGUUUGGGCCUCUCUGCGGUGGCGGCCGGCAAGCUGGCGCUGGGCUCGCUGCGCGGAGCGGGCAGCAGGAACGAGAUGGAGCCCGAGGAAAGAGAGGAUCGCACCCCGCUGCUGAAGGACUCCCAGCUCGGCGCGGUCCCUGCAUGCUGCUCAGCUCGCUACAAUCUGGCACUGCUGGCCUUUUUUGGGUUCUUCCUUCUGUAUGCAUUACGUGUGAACCUAAGCGUUGCUCUGGUGGACAUGGUGGAACCUAACACAAGCUUAGCAAAGAAUACAACUUCCAAUGUGUGUCCAGAGCAUUCCUCCACCAUAAAUGUUCCUCGCAACACAACGGGGAAAAAGUAUUCUUGGGAUGCUGAUACUCAGGGAUGGAUCCUUGGUUCUUUUUUCUAUGGCUAUAUCAUUACUCAGAUUCCAGGUGGAUAUCUUGCAAACAGAAUUGGAGGGAAGCUCUUGUUGGGGUUUGGCAUCUUUGGUACCUCUGUGUUCACCUUGCUUACUCCACUAGCUGCAGAUUUGGGAGUUGGCUACCUCAUUGCUGUCAGAGCCUUGGAAGGACUGGGAGAGGGUGUUACCUUCCCAGCUAUGCAUUCAAUGUGGUCUUCUUGGGCUCCUCCCCUGGAACGCAGCAAGCUCCUUAGUAUUUCAUAUGCAGGUGCACAGCUGGGAACUGUUGUCUCUCUGCCACUGUCUGGUUUAAUUUGCUACUAUAUGAACUGGGUUUAUGUGUUUUACAUAUUUGGUGCCCUUGGUGUAUUGUGGUUCUUCUUCUGGAUGUGGCUUGUUAGUGAUAAGCCAGAAACUCACAAGAGUAUUUCACGUGCUGAAAGAGAAUAUAUUCUUUCUUCUUUAAAAGACCAGCUCACUACACAGAAAUCUGUUCCCUGGAGACCUAUACUGGAGUCCCUUCCCCUCUGGGCUAUUGUUGUAGCCCAUUUCUCCUAUAACUGGACUUUCUAUACACUUCUCACACUCUUACCCACAUACAUGAAGGAGAUCCUGCGGUUUGAUGCACAGGAGAAUGGCUUUUUAUCUGCGCUGCCUUAUUUUGGCUGCUGGCUUUGUAUAAUUCUGUCUGGGCAAAUUGCUGAUCAUUUACGAGAAAAACAGAACUUCUCCACUGUUUGUGUUCGCAAAUGUUUUACCCUAAUAGGAAUGAUUGGACCUGCAGUGUUCUUAGUAGCAGCUGGGUUCAUAGGAUGCAACUAUGAGCUGGCUGUUGCAUUUGUGACCAUAUCGACAACACUAGGAGGGUUCUGUACAUCUGGUUACAGCAUCAACCAUCUGGACAUAGCACCUUCGUAUGCUGGAAUUCUUCUUGGGAUCACAAAUUCUUUUGCUACUAUCCCAGGAAUGGUGGGGCCAGUUAUUGCUAAGAACCUCACUCAUAAUAAUACUGUGGGAGAAUGGCAGACAGUUUUCUAUAUUGCUGCUUCCAUUAAUCUAUUUGGAGCAAUUUUCUUUGCAUUAUUUGCAAGUGGAGAAGUUCAGGACUGGGCAGUCAGCGGUUAUCACUUCCAUAGAAACUGAAGGAGGCAUUGAAAUACCAAAGCUGUGCUGAAUCCCAAUGUGCCAGAACUACGUGACCAGAAAAGUGCCUUCCCAACUGAUGCCUAGGAAUCUUCAGAGCUUUUAAGUUAAACUAUUUUAUCUGUGCAUCUUUUGUACUGAAAAUCAUUUGACAAUGUAUGUGUGUGCUAUUUCCAGACAAGAGACUACUUAGAUUAAAUUGAAUUUAGCUUCAUGCUAGAACUUGAUAUCAAAUGUAUGAUCAGAGACAGUAUUUCAAAUCAGUGUGCUAAGAUCCAUUUCCUUCCAGUUUUUAAUUAAUGUCUUCUGAAUUAAUGUUUAGGCAGAUAAUUGCUGACACCGAAAUAAGAGGAAAAAACCAAGGUGAUUAUGUAGCACUGUGAGGAGGAGUGACGUGCAAAUAAUCGUACACAAAAAGCAACAUCUUGAUUUCUGUGGUGAUACUGAUAGGAUUUUGCUUUUUAAAACGCUAAAAGAUUUCUAGUGUUCUACAAUCUUUUCUAAGCUUUUAUUUUGUUAGUAUUCUAAUUGAUGUCUAAGAAAUGCACACUUGAUUGUUACUCUAUUUUAUGCACAAGUUUUCAAAUGGAAACAUUCCCUGUUUCAGGACUACAGCUUCACAAUUAAUACAGAGCAGGGAGGAAGUGAAAUAUAUGAUUGUGACUGACAGAAUACGCCAUGUGUUACUGUUCUCUGUGGUGCAGGUGUUUUUAAAUAGGCCUUAUUUUUAUUCAAAAAUGUGCAAAGAAGAAGCAGUGCAACUCUAUACACUGCCUAGAUUUAAACCUAGAUUUAAAAGAGUGAACUAGAAAUAGAAUAUUGACACGUUUACAUGAUAAUAACUUUCGAUUCAGCAGUUCACUUUUUUGUCAGUUAAAAUCAAUGCAGUGGAAUUAUUUCUUCUUUCACGUAUAUUUAUAUAUAUAUGUAUUUGUCAGCUUCUCGGUGUAAAUGCAAUCAAAUAAGGCUAUUGUUGGGAAUAAAUAAGGAAAAUCAGUUCA